AUGGAGUUUUUACGAAGUCUUCCAUUCUCAUCGAUUGCUGGUGCUCUUGAGUAUCAAGCUCAAGCACGGCCUGAGAAAACUGCUAUACUCUAUCCUGAUCCGAGUAAAAAUUCAAGAGAAUAUGCAUCUCUCACGUAUAGACAAUACAAUAAUGUGGUCAAUGAUCUAGCUGAUAAAAUUUCAAAAUAUUUGCCAUUUCCAUCAUCGGAUGAAUCAGUUACAUGUGGUCUUCUAGCAGUUGGUGGUAUAGAAUAUCUAGUAUCACAAUAUGCAUUAUUGAAAGUUCCCAAUGCUAUUAUGUUUCCAAUAUCGGCUAGAAAUUCUCAAGCAGCCGUAGAACAUCUACUGAGACAGAGUAAAACAGUUCUUUUAAUAACUACACUUGUAUAUUUACCAAUGGUGAAAAUAAUUCAAGAAAAAGAAGAAUUUCAAUUAUUAAAAGUUAUAGUUUGGGAACAGGAUGAAUUUAAAAUUGAAGAAUUCAUAAAAAAUAAAGAUGUCGAACAUCCUCUGAUAUCUGAUGGCAUCGUAUCAAGCAAAAGCAAAGAUGAAAUACUUAAUGAAGUAGUCGUCAUUCUUCAUAGUUCUGGAAGUACAGCUUAUCCGAAACCUAUUCGCAUAACAAAUCGUUAUUUUCUAAUUAGUUUAGCUUUAUAUUUAGCGCUCGAAAAACAUUUUUGGGCAGAAGACGAUGUCGCAUUGGUAUGGGGAGCACUGUUUCACUUAAUGGCAUUUAAUAUGACAGUACGUGCUCUUCUAGUAGGAUGUACAUAUGCGCUACCACUCUGUGUUACAUUCCCACCAAAACCAGAUGAAUUAUUACGAAAUAUACAAGUUAAAAAUAACAUAACGGUAUUAGUUACAGUACCAAGUUUGCUUGAGCAUCUUAUACGAGAAUUACUUUCAGAAGACAAUAGUCAUAUUGGCUUAAAACCACUUGCGAAACUAAAAUUUGUUAUGUAUGCUGGGGCUGGUUGUCCCGAAGCAUUGUGUAGGACGUUAGUUGAUAGCGGAGUUGUAUUGGUCAGUGUUUAUGGUGCGACCGAAACCGGCAUUAUUCUUAUAAAAAAGUAUCGACCGUACGAUAAGAAAUGGAAAUUCAUGGAAAUCCCGGAUGUUCGAAAACCAUUUCUUCGCAUUGAAACACCACCAAAUGCACAAAAUCCAAAUGAAAAAAUUAUCCUUCAUUUACCAAAUGAUCCAUUCCUAGCAGAAAAUAUUUCGAACUCUCUCGAUGAUUGUUAUACUGUUGGUGAUAUACUACUUGAAGAUCCACCUAAUUCUGGUCAAUAUUUCAUCUUAGGACGUCAAGAUGAUACUUUAGUUCAUGUCAAUGGCGAAAAAACAAAUCCAAUUCCAAUGGAAGAUAUUAUCCGUCAUUCACCUCUUGUUCAACAAGUUGUGAUUGUUGGUCAUAAUCAAUUUUGCACAGUUGCAUUGAUUCAACUGAAUAUUGGUGAAGCAUCGAAUUAUGAUUUUCAAGAAAUCGAAGAAAAAAUAUGGGCAGUUGUCGAACGAGCCAAUACAGAGGCGCCAUCUCAUUCGCGUCUUGUUCGGCAACUUGUUAAAAUUUUACCAAUGAAUAAAACUUUAUCUGUGACAGAAAAGGGUAAUUUGAUGCGACAAAAAAUUAAUCAAGAAUAUGCAACAUUAAUUAGUACUAUCUAUGAUAAAUUUUUGAAUCAACAAUAUCAAGUACAGCAAAAACAUGGCACUACUCAGGAAAAAGAACAAAGAAAAUGGACAGAAGAAAAAAUAAAAAAAUAUCUUGAAGAAAAAUUGAAAUUACUUGAUGAAAAAAUCAAUGAUUUCUCACGGUCGAUCUUUGAUUUUGGUGUUAAUUCUUUGCAAGUUGUAGAAUUAAGAAAUUUAAUUUGUCAAGAUAUUUGUGAAGUACCAAAAAAUUUCCUCUACGAAAAUUCUUCCAUUGAACACAUGGCUUCUAAAUUGUUCGAGUAUGUUCAAGCUGAGAAUGUUGAAAAUCAACAAGCCGAUCCGUAUCACUAUAAAUUAACUGAACAAAUUAUUGAUAAAUAUAUUGAUAUGAUGAAAUCAGAGAAAAUUACAUCACAUAAAGAAAAACCAAAUGAAACAACUCAACGUGUUUUUCUUGUCACAGGCUCAAAUGGAUCUUUGGGAAGUUUUAUUAUUCGAGAUUUACUUCAACAAUCAGAAUCGGCGGUUAAACGUGUCUAUUGUCUUCUACGUGGUUCAAAUACAAAGGAACGUAUAUUUCAAUCUUUUGAACAACGACAACUAGAUACUUCUCUCUUGACAAAAGCAUGCGAACAACGAUUGGUAAUUUUAUCACCAUCAAUGGAUUUAAGUGAAGAACAUUUAGGUCAAACAGAUUCCAUUUAUCAAGAAUUACAAAACGAAGUAACCGAUAUAAUUCAUACAGCAUGGAAAAUGAAUUUCAAUCAAACUGUCAAAGAUUUUGAAUAUGAUUCUAUUUUCGGCGUUUAUAAUCUUUUAAAACUGGCAGCUUCGAAUCAUAUGCAAUUUCAUUUUAUUUCUAGUAUAGCAUCGGCUGCUUCUGGCUUAUUGAGUUCUAUUAGAGAAGAACCAUUACCUAGAAAGUCAGAAAUUGCACUGCCACAAGGAUAUGGACAAAGUAAAUAUGCUAGUGAACAUUUAUGUUGGGCAGCAAUGAAUUUAUGGAAUGUUCCAGUUAAUGUUUAUCGUGUUGGUCAAGUUAGUGGUGAUACACAAAAUGGUGUAUGGAAUACAACAGAAAUGGCUGCUAUGAUGAUUUAUGCUGGUGCUGGACAAUUGAAGCAAAUGCCAAAUAUUGGACACGAUAUUAAUUGGAUACCUGUUGAUGUUUGUAGUGCUUCUUUAGUUGAUUUGGCGUUAAAAUCAUCAUUUGACCUAUCAACACGGGCUGAUCAACGUGUCUAUCACCUUCUUAAUCCACGUGUUAUGUCAUACGAAAAUUAUUUGAGUUUUCUUCAAGCAGCUGGCUUAGAUUUUCAUCCUGUCUCUCCAAAAGAAUUCAUGGACACAAUCUUAACAGCAAAAGACUUAAGCAAUCCACUUAUUAAAUUAUCUUCAUUUUUAGAUCAAAUCUUCAGUAAGAAAGAUACAUCCAAGUCAUACAAAUAUGAAACUGUAAAAACAGUUGAAAGAUGUGAAAUUUUAAAAAAUUGUCCAACAAUCGAUGCAAAUUUAAUUAAAUUGUAUUUGAAUCAUUGGAAAAAAUGUCAAGUGUUAAAAGAUUGA